CCGUUUUCAAGGAGGCGAGGGGGCGGGAACUAGCACGGCGACUUCCCUUCUGUACCAAGAUGGCUGCCACAUCGGCGCUGUCAUUUUGGUGCAGAGCAGCGCGAAGCGCUUAAUCCGACGCGGUUCAGGCCAGAGUCUUUUUCUCUAGGGCUGCUUCGUGCUCAGCCGGCCCCUCAAUCAACCCUUGGGGACCUCUGGUGCCUCUUCGGCAUCCGACACUCAGCCCGGAGUCAUGUCUUGGGCCGCUCGCCCGCCCUUCCUCCCCCAGCGGCAUGCCGCAGGGCAGUGUGGGCCGGUGGGGGUGCGAAAAGAAAUGCAUUGUGGGGUCGCGUCCCGGUGGCGGCGGCGACGGCCCUGGCUGGAUCCUGCGGCGGCGGCGGCGGCGGCGGCCGGAGAACAACAAACCCCGGAGCCGGAGCCGGGGGAGACUGGACGGGACGGGAUGGGCGACAGCGGGCGGGACUCCCGAAGCCCAGACAGUUCCUCCCCAAAUCCUCUUUCCCAGGGGGCCCCUCCCCAUUCUCCUCCUGGGCCACCUCUACCCCCUUCAGCAGCCCCUUCCCUUGGAGGCUCUGGGGCCCCACCCCCACCCCCGAUGCCACCCCCUCCCCUGGGCUCCCCCUUCCCUGUCAUCAGCUCUUCCAUGGGCUCCCCUGGCCUGCCCCCUCCAGCUCCCCCAGGAUUCUCCGGGCCUGUCAGCAGUCCCCAGAUUAACUCAACAGUGUCGCUCCCUGGGGGUGGGUCUGGCACCCCUGAAGAUGUGAAGCCACCAGUCUUAGGGGUCCGGGGCCUGCACUGUCCACCCCCUCCAGGUGGCCCUGGGGCUGGCAAACGGCUAUGUGCAAUCUGCGGGGACCGAAGCUCAGGCAAACACUAUGGCGUUUACAGCUGCGAGGGCUGCAAAGGCUUCUUCAAGCGCACCAUUCGCAAGGACCUGACCUACUCGUGCCGGGACAACAAGGACUGCACAGUGGACAAGCGCCAGCGGAACCGCUGUCAGUACUGCCGCUAUCAGAAGUGCUUGGCCACUGGCAUGAAGAGGGAAGGCCAAAAUUCUUCAUCUUUAAAAAUGGAGACAAGAGCCCUGGCCGGUGUUUCUCGGUGGUUAGAACAUUGGCCUGCACUCCGAAGGGUCCACUGGUUCCAUUCCAGGUCAGGGGCAUGUACCUGUGUUGCAGCGGUACAGGAGGAGCGUCAACGGGGGAAGGACAAGGACGGGGAUGGGGAGGGGGCUGGGGGAGCCCCCGAGGAGAUGCCUGUGGACAGGAUCCUGGAGGCAGAGCUUGCUGUGGAGCAGAAGAGUGACCAGGGCGUUGAGGGUCCUGGGGGAACCGGGGGUAGCGGCAGCAGCCCAAACGACCCUGUGACUAACAUCUGUCAGGCAGCUGACAAGCAGCUAUUCACGCUUGUUGAGUGGGCGAAGAGGAUCCCACACUUUUCCUCCUUGCCUCUGGAUGACCAGGUCAUAUUGCUACGGGCAGGCUGGAAUGAGCUCCUCAUUGCCUCCUUCUCCCAUCGAUCCAUUGAUGUCCGAGAUGGCAUCCUCCUCGCCACAGGUCUUCACGUGCACCGCAACUCAGCCCAUUCUGCAGGCGUGGGAGCCAUCUUUGAUCGGUCCCUCUCCAGGGUGCUGACAGAGCUAGUGUCCAAAAUGCGUGACAUGAGGAUGGACAAGACAGAGCUUGGCUGCCUGAGGGCAAUCAUUCUGUUCAAUCCAGACGCCAAGGGCCUCUCCAACCCCAGUGAGGUGGAGGUCCUGCGGGAGAAAGUGUACGCAUCACUGGAGACCUAUUGCAAACAGAAGUACCCUGAGCAGCAGGGACGGUUUGCCAAGCUGCUGCUACGUCUUCCUGCUCUCAGAUCCAUUGGCCUUAAGUGUCUAGAGCACCUGUUUUUCUUCAAGCUCAUCGGUGACACCCCCAUCGACACCUUCCUCAUGGAGAUGCUCGAGGCGCCCCACCAGCUGGCCUGAGCCCAGACACAGACGUGGUGCUUCCUGCACUUGAGGAGUGCACACCUGAGGGGGACGCCAAGCCUUGGGGCAGGGUGGGGAGGGCCGUGUGCCUGGAGUCUUGGUGGGGUGAGGACUAGGGAGCAGGACUGAGACCUCCAGGGGAUCCAUCAACCCUCCAAGGGGUUUGCUUGAUAUCUCAAGUCAGAGGGGACCCCAGGCCCUUAUGAGAGCUGGACCUCUUCCUUCAGUGGCCUCUAGCCUCUGAGUUGGUCUGGGUCUGCCAUGACUUGGGGUGAGUUCCCACCCCGCCUGGAAUGAUCUCCCCCAGCAGAAAGCACUGGCCUUCUCCCAGGGCCUGGCUUCCUUCUCAUCUUGCCUCACUUAGCUCCCUGUGUGGAGAGUGGAUAUGGGAACUCUCCCAGAGAUGGAUAUUGGGGGGCAGGCCCCCCAAAGUGAUGGACAUGGGAGUAGGGCUCUGACAGGCCUUCCUCUAGCCAAGCCUGGCAGAUCGGGGCUACUCUGUCACUGCCUUCUGUCCGGAGUCACCUCUCGCACGUCACCUCCUGCAGUCAGACUGAGAAAGGAGGUGGUGGUGGUGAAGGGGUGGGUAGAGAUGUAGGAACCCAUCUGCUAUUUUUAAUUUCCUCUGAGGAUAGAGAUUUACAGUUAGACUCAAAGAAGUACUGUACUUCCCCAGGUUGACUAAGAUGCCAGUGGUGGAGGUGGACUGUGGGAAAGGCAGGGCCCCAAGGCGGUGGCCCUGAGGCUCCUGAAGCCCUGGCCUUCUCACCCCUCGCCCGCCCGUCUCUCCCCGCCUGACUGACGGGGACGCCUGACUGACGGGACGGGGCCUGGGCUGCGAUGGCCGGGCUUCCCCAGCCCUGGGCCAGGCCUGCGUGAGGGGAGGUGGCCGGCCCGUAGAGAUGGGGUGCCGGGGCUGCAUGACUUUUGCCCUGCAUUUCUUCUCUCUGGGGUUUCUUUCCCUCUUUCACUCACGUAUAAAAUCGCUUUCAAAUUAAAAUCGCUGUUUUCUGGA